CAGCCUCCCCGAGCACAGAGCUGAGUCCGCUUCAUCCUCAGCUGCCUCUACCUCUCCUCCUCUCUCUCUCUCUCUUCCCCUCUCUCUUCUCUUCUCUCUCUGUCUCCUUCCCUCCUCUCUGGGGCUCAGGUCUCUGUCCCCCCCUUCCCCUACGGAGGAUUCCGGCCACAUCUGUUCCCUGCCUGAGAUAGAGACAUGGGGUACGGCCGGUCAGAUAGUUACCGCGUGGCCACCACGCAGGAUGAGAAAGAAACCCCUCAUAAGGGUAAGCCAGGGAAGAAAGAAAUGGAUGAUCUCAAGAAAGAAGUGGCCAUGACAGAGCACAAAAUGUCAGUGGAAGAAGUGAGUCGGAAAUACAACACAGACUGCGUACAGGGGUUGACACUCAGUAAAGCAGCGGAGAUCUUGGCCAGAGAUGGUCCCAAUGCACUCACUCCCCCACCUACCACACCCGAGUGGAUCAAAUUUUGCCGUCAGCUGUUCGGUGGCUUCUCCAUCCUGCUGUGGAUUGGAGCUAUUCUCUGCUUUCUGGCAUACGGGAUCCAAGCGGGUACGGAGGAUGACCCCGCCAAUGACAAUCUGUAUCUAGGUAUUGUUUUAGCGGCAGUAGUGAUCAUCACCGGCUGCUUCUCCUACUACCAAGAGGCCAAGAGCUCAAAGAUCAUGGAAUCCUUCAAGAACAUGGUUCCCCAGCAAGCUUUAAUUAUCCGAGAAGGUGAAAAGAUGCAGCUAAAUGCUGAAGAAGUUGUGGUUGGUGAUCUAGUGGAGAUCAAAGGUGGAGACAGAGUACCGGCUGAUCUAAGGAUCAUUUCUGCCCAUGGUUGCAAAGUAGAUAACUCUUCCCUGACAGGUGAAUCUGAGCCCCAGACUAGGUCACCCGACUGCACUCAUGAUAACCCUCUCGAGACACGUAACAUCACUUUCUUCUCCACCAACUGUGUAGAAGGUACAGCCCGUGGAAUAGUCAUUGCCACUGGAGACCGAACAGUGAUGGGUCGCAUUGCCACAUUGGCUUCCGGUCUAGAGGUUGGAAAGACCCCAAUUGCCAAGGAAAUUGAGCACUUUAUCCAUCUGAUCACCGGAGUGGCGGUGUUCCUGGGAAUCACCUUCUUCAUCCUCUCUCUCAUUUUGGGAUACAGCUGGCUGGAGGCUGUCAUCUUCCUCAUCGGGAUUAUUGUGGCUAAUGUACCAGAGGGGCUUCUGGCCACUGUCACUGUAUGUCUAACACUGACCGCCAAACGCAUGGCUCGGAAGAACUGUCUGGUCAAGAAUUUGGAAGCUGUGGAGACUCUGGGAUCUACAUCAACUAUUUGCUCAGACAAGACUGGCACCCUUACACAGAACCGUAUGACUGUGGCACAUAUGUGGUUUGACAACCAGAUUCAUGAGGCCGACACCACAGAGGACCAGUCAGGUGCUUCAUUUGACAAGAGUUCUGCCACCUGGGUAGCCUUGGCUCGCGUUGCUGCCCUGUGCAACCGUGCCGUCUUCAAAGCCGGAAAUGACAACAUUCCCGUACUGAAGAGGGACGUGGCAGGUGAUGCCUCUGAAUCCGCUCUCCUGAAGUGCAUCGAGUUGUCUUGUGGCUCAGUCAAGGCUAUGAGAGAGAAGUACAAGAAAGUAGCUGAGAUUCCGUUCAACUCCACAAACAAAUAUCAGCUGUCCAUCCAUGAGACUGAAGACCCCAAUGAUAACCGCUACCUGCUUGUAAUGAAGGGGGCUCCAGAGAGGAUUCUGGAUGUCUGCUCCACUAUCUUAAUCCAGGGCAAAGAGCAACCAUUGGAUGAGGAGCUGAAAGAGGCUUUCCAAAAUGCAUACUUGGAGCUGGGAGGACUCGGAGAGAGAGUAUUGGGAUUCUGUCAUUACUAUUUCCCAGAGGAACUGCAUCCCAAGGGUUUUGCUUUCGAUACCGAAGACCUUAACUUCAGUACUGAGAACCUUUGCUUUGUAGGACUCAUGUCCAUGAUUGACCCACCCAGAGCAGCUGUACCAGACGCAGUGGGCAAAUGCAGAAGUGCGGGUAUCAAGGUAAUCAUGGUGACUGGUGAUCAUCCGAUCACAGCCAAAGCUAUUGCCAAGGGAGUGGGCAUCAUCUCGGAGGGUAAUGAGACUGUGGAGGACAUUGCAGCCAGACUCAACAUCCCCGUCUCCCAGGUUAAUCCCAGGGAUGCUAAGGCCUGUGUAAUCCAUGGUACAGACCUGAAAGACAUGAACGCCGAACAUAUGGACGAGAUCCUGCAGAACCAUACAGAGAUUGUGUUUGCCCGUACAUCCCCACAACAGAAACUCAUCAUUGUGGAAGGCUGCCAGCGCCAGGGUGCCAUUGUGGCUGUAACCGGUGAUGGUGUAAAUGACUCCCCUGCUUUGAAGAAAGCCGAUAUUGGGGUGGCUAUGGGAAUCGCAGGUUCUGAUGUCUCUAAACAAGCAGCGGACAUGAUCUUGCUGGAUGAUAAUUUCGCUUCUAUCGUCACUGGUGUGGAGGAAGGUCGCCUUAUCUUUGAUAACCUGAAGAAAUCCAUUGCCUACACCCUGACCAGUAACAUUCCUGAGAUCACCCCCUUCCUGCUCUUUAUCAUGGCCAACAUCCCUCUGCCUUUGGGCACCAUCACCAUCUUGUGCAUUGAUCUGGGCACUGACAUGGUUCCCGCCAUCUCCUUGGCCUAUGAAGCAGCUGAGAGUGACAUUAUGAAGCGGCAGCCAAGAAAUCCCCGUACAGACAAACUGGUGAAUGAAAGACUGAUCAGCAUGGCAUAUGGGCAAAUUGGUAUGAUCCAGGCUCUUGGGGGUUUCUUCGCAUACUUCGUCAUUUUGGCAGAGAAUGGUUUCUUGCCAUCACACUUAGUUGGCAUUCGGUUAAAUUGGGAUGACAGAUCCUGUAAUGACUUGGAAGACAGCUAUGGCCAACAAUGGACAUACGAACAGCGUAAGAUUGUGGAGUUCACAUGUCACACGUCCUUUUUCGUCAGUAUUGUGGUCGUACAAUGGGCCGAUGUCAUCAUCUGCAAAACCAGAAGAAACUCUGUGUUCCAGCAGGGCAUGAAGAAUAAGAUUCUCAUUUUUGGCCUAUUUGAAGAAACAGCUCUUGCAGCAUUCUUGUCUUAUUGCCCUGGGAUGGACAUCGCACUGAGAAUGUACCCAUUAAAGCCCAGCUGGUGGUUCUGUGCCUUCCCAUACAGCUUCCUCAUCUUUGUAUAUGAUGAGAUCCGAAAACUUAUCCUUAGGAGACACCCAGGAGGUUGGAUAGAAAAAGAGACUUAUUAUUAAAUUCCCAGAGAUGCAUCUCCCAGACCUGGACCCUCUCCAACCUCUGAAUUCCCCUCCCCCAACAAAGAAAAAAUAAAAAACAACAUAAAACAAAAUGAACCCCCGAAAAAAAAAAAUUAACAAAAACAGCAACAACCACCACCACCACAGGUUUUCAAGAAACGCAACGUCCGCUGUGAACCCCGCCCCCCAGCCUUCUGUUCCAGAUUCCAUUUUGGUUCUUUUUCAACUCAUUUCUCCCCCCCCUCCCCACCUUUUUUCUGUAAAAUUAUAAAUAUAUAUAUAUAUAUAUUAUAUAUAAAUAUAAAUAGAACCAGAUUUUUUUUUCUUUUUUUUUUUUCUUCCUUUUUAUUAUUUACUUUUAAUGUUAUAUUAUUAAGGAGGGGGAGAGAGAGGUUUGUAACAGAGAAAGUGACGGUAAUGGAAACGGCGAUGACGGCGAACGCUAACCCCUUCACUGCUGGCAAUUCUAGUACUGAAGGAGUGCGAAGAGCGAUUUGGGAAAGGGAAGGUGGAGAUAUAAAAAAAAAUAAAAAAUUAGGGGGGCUGCAAUAGAACUCUCUUCCUAUUAACCUCUAUGCUGCCAAAGGCGUAUGAACACAGCUCUGCGUAUAGCAGUAACGCGCUGUUUCAUAAGCUCUGGGGUUAAUCCAGGGAUUUUCGAGAGCACCAGUAAUGUGGUCACAAGAACAAUGUGUCUGGUGAAGAGCCGUAGGGUUUUAAGGGGCAUUAAUAGGUCCCUGUUACCCCCGCCCGCUCCCCUAGACUUCCGGAGAGACCAGCAGAGCAUCUCUCGUAUUGAAGUCUUAUUUGUGUAAUAAUCCCCCCUUCAUUCAACCACCCGCUUACUAUUCCUCCAUAUCUGAUGUACUCAGUCUAUAUGAGAGCGAGAGGUACAUGUAUCUGUCUGUGUAUUAGGAGGGGGUGAGAGGUACAUGUCCUGACGUCUGUGUAUUAGGAGGGAAUGAUGAGUGUGUGUCCUGAUGUCCUCGUAUUUGCAGGGUGUGAGAGAUACCGUAUAUGUCCCUGUUCUUCGUGUAUAAUAGGGCAAUGGCUGCAGACAAAAAGGACCGGGGGCCGCAGGGACUUGUCAGCUUCGAAAUCAGUAAAUAACAUAGGGUUACAGCAGCAAGACCGACAACGUAUCAGGUUGAGAGAUCACGGGAGUCGUAGGACAACGUAUCGGGUUGAGAGAUUAAAGGGGUACUCCGGCCCUAAGACAUUCUAUGACCGCGGGGGUCCUGCCGCUGGGGACCCCCGCAAUCUUGCAUUCGGCACCCACCUCUUUGAGCUGCACGCCACGCUGCCAGCUCACAAACUGCCGGGUGCAGACCAUGACUCCGCCCACGUGUGACGUCACGCCCCACCCCAGCUAUGCAAGUCUAUGGGAGGGGGCGUGACGGUAGUCACGCCCCCUCCCAUAGACUUGCAUAGCGGGGGUGGGGCGUGAUGUCACACGGGGGCAGAGCCGUGACGUCCCAAUACUCCGGCCCAGUGGUUGGCUCCCGGCAGUUUGUGAGCUGGCAGCGCAGCUCAAAGAGAUGGGUGCCGAAUGAAAGAUUGCGGGGGUACCCAGCGGUCAGACAUCUUAUUCCCUAUCCUUUGGAUAGGGGAUAAGAUGUCUUAGGGCCGGAGUACCCCUUUAAGGGAGGUAUUGGAUGUUGGGUUGAGAGAUAAAGGGAGGUAUUGGGUUUUGGGUUGAGAGACCAUGGGAGGUGUCGAGCAGUUGUCAAUGACUGGGUAAUGGAGAGGGUUCAGAUGGUGGAAGCGCAGCAGCAACAUCGUGUAUGGGAAAUGGUUUUAUUCUUGAUGGAUAGGAGAACGAGAUAUGGAGGCUAUCGAUAAAACAGACAAAGCUGGAGCGGGUGGCAAAGAAGAUUCAAUAGGCAAUAAAGAGGUGAAAGGUCAGCCAGGGAAACGGAGCAGUAGCUGGGGAGGUCCUAAAUCGGGUGGCAAGAGGGCUCCUGGUACCUCUGGUAGGUGGACGAUUGACUGCGGUUUUUGUCUCUUAUUUGUCUCCACCCCCCUCUCGCAUUAGUUUUUUGUCAGGUUGUCAACAUAUAUUUUUUUUUAUCUUGUGUUUUUCCUGCCAUUUUCUGUGAUUUACAAAAAUAAAUAAAUAAAAUAAAAAAAUACCCCAAAAAACUGCAAA